CCUCGAGAAGCUGACACCAAAACCUUGGUGACAAAUCUUUUAGCUUCUUAAUUUGAUCAAUACAUAAUUAGCCACAACGGGUCUACCUGUGUGGAUGCUUGGGUUGGGUGCGGAUCGGUUGCGCGCCGAUAUGAACCGUCUACUUGCACUACUCUUCCACCAGGGAGUGCUGGACGAGCAAUUCUUGCAGCUUCAGCAGCUUCAGGAUGAAAGCUCCCCGAACUUUGUAUCAGAAGUUGUCAAUAUCUACUUCCAUGAGUCGGAGAAGCUCCUGAGGAAUCUCAGAGGAUUACUGAUGGAUAGAGAGUUUUCGGACUACAAGAAAAUGGGAAUCCAUUUAAAUCAGUUUAUGGGAAGCAGCUCUAGCAUUGGUGCCAAAAGAGUCAGAAAUGUAUGUGUUGCCUUUCGAGCCGCUUCUGAGCAGAACAAUCGUGCUGGGUGCUUCAGAGCUUUGGAGCUGCUAGAGCACGAGUAUUGCUACCUCAAGAACAAGAUGCACGAACUGUUCCAGCUUGAGCAGCAGAGACUACUGGCUGCUGGAGCGAGAUACCCAAUGCAGAACUGAACUAAAACUAUUAUUUCUUCAUCCAUGCAUCCAUUAGGAUACUAUCUUCACCUGGGUUUUUGCUAAAACCCAAGCUAAUCUACCAGGGCCACUGUAGUAUUCCUGUUACUUUGCUACGUAUAGCGUGAAAAAAAAGGGGCAACAUAGCCUCUGUUACUUGCCUUUAAUGUAGAGUUCAACCUUUUUUUUUUUCUUUCUUUCUGCAUAACUUUUUGUCAGAUUGUAAGUUUGAAGGAAAAAGAUUUCUAGUAGAAAA